AUGUCUACUGUUAAAAGUCUAGAGGAUUUACCCUCACUUAAUCUGGAUACGAGCUCGUAUUCAUUUGAUACUCCAGUGAGGGUUCUACGAAUUUACUCUCCCCAAGAUGCCACAGAAAGCAACUACUACCAUAUCUAUGUCACAGACUAUUCGGCGAUAGGGCCCCCAACUUGGAUGGCAGACGAAGUGGAACGCGUCAAAAGUCCCCACAUUGCAGAUACAUCCAUACUGCGCGAGUGGAAGUUUCUCAUUGUCGCCAGCAGAACCCAAUUGCAAACGCUUAUAGAGGAGAAAUUCAAGAAAACUCCGAAAGAUGUCGUUUUGAAACAGUUGCCAGUUUUGGCCCAGGCUCGCUUUGUAGUUAAAAGACAUGUAAAUGGCAUAUACGGCUCAUUAAUAUCCUUGGAUUUCAACACAGCAGGUAUCAUUGCUGGUUUAGAACUUAGAGAAGAUAAAGGAUAUUAUUAUGCCUAUGCUCGACUUUUCGCUCGUUUCAAGAUUCUUGCUACUCAAAAUCAAAUUUAUCUUGCUGAACAAGUAUAUAAUUUCACAGCCAAGUUCGGCAAAUUGCUUGAUGAGAUUCUUGAACCGACGAAGCAGAGAAAGAAGGGACGCCAGCACAAACUACCUGCAAACACAUCUGAACAAAAUGCAGUUAUGAAACAAAAAGAUAAAGAAAAGCAAAAGGACAAUUCAGAUGCCAACCACAAGAGGCAUAGUAUCGCGAACAGAGAUACGACAAUUCAAAUAAAAGUCAGCGUAGAAAACGACUACACCAAAAGUACAAAAAAAACUGUAAAUAUCAACUCCAACAGUAACGAAACUAAUGACACUACUAAUACCGAUAUCAAUAACGCUGCAGCUGUCAAUACCAUCAACGAUACCGUCAUUAAUGAUAGCAACUCAGCUGUCUCUGGAGACUCCGUAGAUAAAGAACAAACUUCAGAAGCUCCAGAUUCACAAGAUAUUCGUCAAGUCUCAGACAAAUUCAAGGUUGAUGCAGAACCUUCAGUAUCAGAUAAAGCAGCAGAUGUACGAAUGGGGACAUAUCGAGGUGAGACACAACCACAAACUCCUAUAGUUGGUAACAAGUUCUCAACUUCAUCGCCUCGAAGUGAACAAUUAGAGCAUUCGUCGCCACUCAGAACGAAAGAAUCACUGGAAAAUUCCAUUAUAAGAGCCCAACAACAGAUACCUUCGGCUUCAGCGAGUCUGGAUGACCAUUCACCCAUUGCCCUACGUGCAGAAUCACUUCUGUCAUCGAUUCAAGAGCAACGAAAUGUAAAUUCUUCGAAGGACAAGUUCAGUAAACAAGAAGACCAUUCGCUUACCUCUGUAAAGAGACUAGCUUCACUAUCAUCUUCUCCUCUGAAGAAACAGCGUAAAACCGAGUCAUUAGCACGUACAGAAUGGGCACCUGGAGGUCAUCUGAUUUUAAACUUGGAUAAUACUAAGUUUAAGAAGCUGCCACCGACCGGAGCUGAUCUUCUUUUUCAUAACCAAGACGACGAGGACUCUCAGGCUCCAUUAUUUCCACCAACACAAGCCACGGCACCGAACUACCUAACCUUUGAAGCGAUGCUUAACAAACAAUCACAAAUAGAGAUUGUAGAAGAAGAGAACGACUCCACUGCUUAUCAUAGCUUGCCCCCAGAAACUAAAAGCACUCAGUAUGAUACGUCUUCGUCAAACAUGCCACCUCCGCCAAGUUCCCGAGUGAUAUUGCCGAAUUCGAGCCAGCCUCCAUUGGCACAAGGCUCUCUUCCUGUUCCCCAGACCCCCAAAGCAUUACAGGGUGUCAAACGUCAAUCCAGCUCUGUACCUAACCAUCCCGAUAAUGUGCAUAGUCAAAUUUCAGAGAAUGCAACGGUUGUAUCACCAACAUUAAUGCCAAGUCAGCGUGCUGAAAUAGAGAUAGACAUCGAUAUUUCUCCUCCUCCUACGCAGCCACGCCCUGAAGACAGUACUGGCAGUGCAGUAAGUUCCAGAGAGAGCCAGGACAAGGAUAGCAUCGGAAUUAUAGGAAAAGCUCCUAGGACCUACAUUUCAAAGACUAUGUCCAUUGCACAAUUGUUAAAAGUACCAUUGACGGUCGAGGAGAUUUCUAAGAAACAGAUCUAUGAAGUACGAGGUGCUUUUAUCAAAGGAUUGCAACCAUUCAGGCCAUUCAUAGUAAAACCUUUCAAAAGAACAAUAAAAGUUGCCAACUUCAACAUCGUCUUAACCGAUAGAAGCAGAGAUCUAGUGGUCGAGUUCCACAACGAAAUUGAAAUCUGCCACUUUCUCGGAGUCGACGAAGUGGAAGAAGUCUACAAUCAUCUCUCGACUAUAGAAGACGAUAUUAUCAAGCUAGCUAAACUAGAACACCCUACCACCAACAAUAUCCGUCUUGUUAGAAAGACCAAAACUGCACGAGAUAAUAUGUUGUAUCCAUACUGGGCAUGUCUCAGCACCUUGGAAGACCUCAUAGCGUAG